AUGGAGACCGUGGAAGGUACGGAGAUUGAUCCGGAAGAGUUGAACGUGCCAGGACAAUGGUACGUUAGUAAGAAGAAAGGAAAAGCGGCCCCCCUAGUGGACAACGAGGCACGCCAUAUGGAACGGCAGCGAGCCGCCGAGAAGCUCGCAGGGAGGAAGCUGGCGGCAAAGUCGGUUGAAAGGCAGUUUGCCCGAGUUCCGGACGGCGCCGACAAAAUAGUCAUGAGGCCGCACGGCGGUCUCACACGUAUGAUGAAAUACGGAAGUGCGUAUUUGGCCGACGUAAUACUUAGGGCUGCUGGUGUCAGCCCAGACGCGGCCGGGGAGGACGUCAUCUUGAACGUGAAGCAACAUUCCAUUCUCGUCGCCACCGUCAGCGCAGAGAGGAAGAGAAAAUACGCCGACUUGAAGCUCCUCAUGUUUGAAGGGGAAAAAAUAGAAAUGACUACGUACAUCGCUAUGCCGGAGGACUGCGGGAAAGGCGUCGUUCAUGAAGUCCCUUUGUCCUUCUCGGACGAAGAUAUUUUGAAAAGGCUGCAAAUCUACGGGAAUCCUCCGGUCCUAGGAGUGCGAAGACUCGGAAGAGUAUCGAGGACAGUUUUAAUACUCUUCGAGGACAGAGAGGUACCGCGCUGGGUGCGACUCACGCCCGUGGCGCAACGCUGCGUACUCUACCGCAAGAAGUACGAGGUUUGUAACGCCUGCGGCCGGCUCGGGCACCGCGAAGACGUCUGCCCGGACCCCGGAAAUGUGAAAUGCCGUGGCUGUGGCAUGGAGAAACCGCCACAAAACCAUUUAUGCGAGUCCAAGUGCCAACUGUGCGGGAGAGGACACCCGCUCGGUGACAAAAAAUGUAGAGAACUCUAUCGUGUCCCUUACGAGGUGAAGAGGAAGAUAUGGGAACGCAAGAUCAACAUGCAACAGCAUCAGCAACUUCAGAAAAAGCAGCAAGCCGGAGCGACCACCGAGGGGAAUCUCCGAGGUCGUUCCAAGGUCAGGCGCGGAAACGAGGACUUUCGCGCCAGAAGCGACUCCUUCCCGAGGCUGGGGGAGACCACCGGGGGGAAGCAGCAGCGCAACCGCUCGAGCUCCCGCACCAGGGCGCACUCCGGAUCCAGACCCGGGGGGAGAUCGAGUUCCCGGGUCCCGGCGAACGCGUGGACAAUGAAGCGGAGCCCGAGCAGGGAUCGAAAAGGUGUAAGCUUUGGCAGUGAGGUUUCCCAGGCAAAAAAUAAGAAGGACGAGGAGAUCGAUAAAUUAAGGAAAGAGGUUGGGGAGCUUAAAGAGGUCGUUAAUAAGCUCACUCAAGAGUUACAGAAACCAAGAUUGCAGGAGUGCGCACGAAGUGAGUUGUUAAUCUGGCAGUGGAACUGUCGCGGCUUCCAACGCAAGCGGGCGUUAGUGCAACAAUAUCUGACGCUAUUAGAUGAGAAACCGCUAGUGAUAGCCCUGCAGGAGACGGGCAAAAUAGCAAAACUCUCAGGAUACCAAGCUUUUUCAAGUGACAGGGGUGAGAAAUCUCGCGUCACAACGUUGAUUAAGAGGAAUAUCGCAGCUAUUGAGCACGAAAUAAACUCGAAAGAAAUUGAGGCAGUGCUAUUGGAAAUACUUACGGGACGAAAGGAGGAACCGAGCGUCUUCCUCUUAAAUUUGUAUAGUACCCCAAAGCAGAGAAAGGUGGCAUUCAGGGUCCUCUUCCGCAAAGCGAUUAAGGCAGCCGGCACCAACCCCUUGCUAAUAGUUGGUGACUUUAAUGCGGCGCACCCGGAAUGGGGUUACGCUAAACAAGAUCCUAAAGGCAGGCAGUUAUGGGAGGAUGCGCAUGAGCUGGGAAUCACACUACACACCGACCCUAGUAGUCCAUCCAGGGUGGGUAACAGCGUGUGCGCAGACACCUCCCCUGACCUGACAUUCUCCAAAAAUGUGACAGACCUGACGUGGCAAAAUUCGGAGCAAAAUUUCGGCAGCGACCAUUUUAUUCUGGCCUCGAUCAUUAAAAAAGGAGUGAAGACGCGUUGUGCGCGUCAACCGAGGAUUACCGAAUGGGAAUUAUUUAGGAAUAAACGAGAGAAAGCUGCCACUGGGAGGAUCACAAACAUAGAGAAAUGGACGGAGAUCCUCAAGCGUCACGUUGGGGAGGCCACAAAGACACUUGAAGGGGACAAUGCCCCUGAGGUAGCUGAUAGCAAACUGCUUCACAUGUGGGAGGCAAAACACGGUAUGGAGCGCAGACUAAAGAGGCAAAAAUGGAACCGCAAUCUGAGAAGGAAGAUUGCUAGACAUAACAAAGAAAUUGAAAAUUAUGCGAUCAAAUUGUGCGAACAAAAUUGGUGCAGCCGAUGCGACGAGAUGGAACGGGGCAUGAGCCUUGCCAAAACAUGGGGUCUGCUGAGACACCUAUUAGAUUCGACCAAUUCGAAAACUCAAUCAGGAAUUAGAUUAUCAAAAGCCAGGCACGCGUUCGAGGUCACAGACGCAGAAUUUAUGGACAAACUAGUCAACAUGUAUAUUGGUGAUACCGCUAGUACCCCCCUCUUAGAGUACGACGGAGCUCCCAACGAGGAGCUCGACGCACCCAUCACGGAAGCGGAGGUCAGGGCAGAAAUAUUGGGACUAAAAACAAAAUCGGCCCCGGGUUCUGACGAGAUAACUAACAAAAUAUUAAGAAACCUGGACAAUGACUCCAUCAGCGCUCUGACGGAGUACAUGCAAGAUAUUUGGACUAAAGGUCACCUGCCUCGGCAGUGGAAGUCGGCAAACGUAAUUCUAAUCCCAAAGCCGGGCAAACCCCCUAGACUAGAAAAUUUAAGACCAAUUUCCCUAACCUCAUGCAUGGGGAAAUUGAUGGAGCGCGUAGUCCAGACCAGAUUGACGCGCUUUAUGGAGCAAAACGACCUGUGGCCGUGCGAGAUGGUCGGCUUCCGGCCGGGCUUGAGUACGCAGGACGUGAUGCUCCGACUGAAACAUGACAUAAUCGAUUCGCGUUCUAGAGACGCCAAAGUAAUUCUCGGUCUGGACUUGACAAAGGCUUUUGAUAAUGUUAAACACGAAGCGAUCCUUUGCGGUCUCCAAGAAAUCGGGGUAGGUACGCGAACGUACGACUACAUCAAGGACUUUUUGUCAGACAGAACUGCCUGCAUAAAGUUCCAAGACAUUGAGUCACACACACUAAAGUUAGGGAGCAGGGGCACGCCGCAGGGCUCGGUUCUCCCCCCGUUCCUUUUCAACGUGGCAAUGAGGAGCCUCCCAGCAGCUCUGAGGAGCAUAGAGGGGCUCAAUUUCAGUAUUUACGCGGACGACAUCACCCUCUGGAUUAACCAGGGGAGUGAUGCGAGCAUUGAGGAGCGCUUGCAGGCGGCGACAGACACUGUCGUGAAUUAUGCUGCCAAUAGGGGCCUCUCAUGCUCUCCGCAAAAAUCUGAAUUAUUCGUCUAUAACCCAAAGUCUCUACGAUGCAAACGCAGAUGGGAUUUUAGCAUUAAAGUAGAGGAGAAACCAGUUCCAAAGGUAGAUCAGAUCAGAAUCUUGGGACUGUUCAUUCAGGAGAAUGGAUAUAAUGAUGGUGCAAUCAAAAGACUAGAAAGAUUUGCCACGCAAGCCCUUGGACUAUUUAAAAGGGUCGCGCUGAAAGGACGAGGCCUGAAAGAAAGAAGCUUGCUUAAACUAAUUCAAGCAUACGUAAUAAGCCGCGUGAGCUAUGCCACGCCUUUCUUAAACAUCAGGUCGGAGGAGAGAAGAAAACUAGACUCGCUCAUCCGACGAUGCACAAAGAGGGCCCUGGGCUUACCAAUUAGCACCUCCACAGUGAAGCUUCUCUCUAUGGGAGUGCACAAUACCUGGGACGAAAUAGCGGAGGCUGUCAGAAUAUCGCAGCUCGAAAGACUUAGCCGAACAACCACGGGCAGAGCUAUCCUCGAGAUGGUAGGCCUACAAACAGAUAGGGGACUACGAGUCAAGUCAAGCAUUCCGCAGGACUGCCGAGAAAACCUAAUCAUUCCCCCCCUCCCUCGUCACAUGCAUCCCAUAUUCAACACGGAGAGGAGGGAGAAGAGAGCAGAAGCACUAAUCAGACGCUUCGAUUUAAUGGACAGCAAGUCGGUUGCGUAUGUGGACGCGGCAAGUGGCAAGUCGGGUGCGGCGGUCGCCUCGGUGGUUGACGGCCGAGGUGCUCCCGUAUCGGCCGCCACCAUUAGAAGCCGCAACGCAGAAACGGCUGAAGAAGUUGCGAUAGCGCUCGCUUGCGUUGGAACGAAAGCCAAUUUUAUUAUUAGCGAUAGCAAAACGGCCAUCUGGAAUUUUGGGAAGGGUAGGAUCUCGCCGGAAGCGGCAAGGAUUCUUACCGGUAGACAGCUAAACAGAAAAAUUAGCCUAAUUUGGACCCCCGCACACACGUCCGUUCCUGGCAACGAGGCGGCCCACGAGUUAGCCCGAGCUCUCUACUUCCGGGUAACUGUGGAGCCGCCCGACUGCCGGAACAUGGACGAGCGUCUGCAAACUUAUACGGAGAUUGUGGAAAAUUAUAGAUUACAAAGGAAACAGGUGCCACCACCAGACAAAAGUCUAAGCAAUAGGGAGGCAGUCGCAUGGCGGCGCCUGCAAGCUGGGAACUUCAUAAACCCAGUCUGGGCAUACCAUGUUCGGAUAGAUGACAGGCAACACGAUAAGUGCAAGCACUGUGGGGCGAAAGGGACCCUUGACCACAUAAUCUGGGAAUGUGCUAGCUCCCCAGGGGCUAAAGCAAAUAUAAAUUGUGGAGAAGCCUGGGAAGCUCUGCUGCGGAGCGAGGUCCCUGCUCUACAGCAGCAAGCCACCCGCCUGGCGGAAGAAGCCGCGAAGAGCCAAGACCUCUUUGCCUGCUUCUAA